GGGUACCCACUGAAAUAUCGAGAGCUAUACGCACUCAUUCAGUUGUAAAGGAGAUUCGUCUUUGCUUGUGCGAAGCCUUGUAUAGUGAAAACACCACAUAAAAAUGACUGAUAUUGCUCUCUUUAAAAAGCAAAUAAAAAUGGCCAUAAUAUGUAGAAAUAGAAUAGAUUAUUUUAGACAGCAGUUCUGAAACAGGCGGGCGCGCCCCACAAGGGGGGUGGGGGUAGACAUUUUUGAGGAAGCGUAAAGCUAAUUAAGAAUAAAAAUAUUUUUUAUAUUUGAUCUUGCCUUAUUUUGGAUAUUUACAUUCCAUACACGCAUUUUUAACAUGUUUUUUGAAUAAAACAUACUUUCGCCUUAUUAUCUGUAACUAUUUGUUAGUUAUUUUUGAGGUGGGCGUGAGACUUGACAGACUCUAAAAAGGGGGUGUGGCUUAAAAAGUUUGAUGAGAACCACUGAUAUAGAGUAAACGAACCUGUUGAAAAGUUUAUACAAAGCAUUAUUUUGAAUAGAAAAUUAGAUGUUUAUGAUAUGUUUUUUUGCAUUUGCUAAUUUUGUCUUUAUUUCUUUAUUGUUUAAAAAAAAGGACCGAAUUCUCAAUGUUUUGCAGUUUUCCUGUUUUUAUCAAAAUGCAUAAUAUUCUGAUACACAAUGCUAAAAUUUGGAGAAGUGGACUCAAAAAAAGUACGGACAAAAGUCAAUUUUAUAACUGGAUGAUUUUUGACAAAUUGAGCGGUAAAAUAGAAUCUUGUGGAAAACAAGAUGAUAACCUUCCAUCCCUAAGGUCGAAGGUUAAAGAGGAAAUAGAUUGUAAAGGGAAGUGGAUACUUCCUGGAUUCCAUGAUGCUCAUAUUCAUAUAAGAUGGCACGGGGCAUACCUAACUGACCACACUUUUUUAAAAGUUCCGACUUCGAUAAAACAAAUGCAAGAAAGGUUAAAGGUCAUGCUCAGUGACCCAUAUAAUGACCCCACUGAAGGAAACUCAUGGUUCGUUGCAUACGGUUUUGAGCAACAUGUUAUGGAGCGAUACCCCACUGCUCAAGAUUUAGAUGAAAUUGAAAAUCAGCGUCCAUUACUUGUCUAUCACUCUUCAUUCCAUAUCGCCGUAUUGAACACAGUUGGACUAAAAAUGGCAGACAUUGAUGAAAAUACAGAAAUCAAAGGCGGAGGAGUGGAUUUGUACCCAAAUGAUCACCCACUCGCUGGAAAACCGACAGGGAUUCUCAAAGAAGCAGCUAUUGAUCUUGUGAUGGAUUUCAAAAUUCCAAGAUCCAGCUCAAAAAUUAAGCAAGCAAUACUCUCAGCUCUAAAUGAAUGCGUUAAACUCGGGAUUACUAGUGUUCACUGCCUCGAUAAAGACGUUUGGAAUGAAUAUGUUGAGCUUGCCAAAGAAGAGAAACUGCCUAUUCAAUGCUUUUUUGCAACUUUUUACACUGAUAUGGAUACAAAUAACAAGCCUACUAAAUCAGGAGAAACUCAUGGCUCAAACUUGAGUUGUAGGGUUUUCUCCAGAGUUGAGGUAUGCAAAUGUCAAAUAUGUAAAAGUACACACUGUCAAUAUUUAUUUCAUAGAUGUGUAAAAAUAUUUGCCGACGGAGCUCUUGGUAGCGACACUGCAGCGUUGAGUUUGCCCUACCCACAAAAAGAUGAUAACGGGAAAGAUAAUUAUGGUGUUCUAUACUAUUCACAGGAUGAUUUAGAUAAAAUGGUCAAGGAAAUUGACAGCCUCGGAUACCAACUUGAGAUUCACGCUAUCGGUGAUAAAGCAGCUGAGUCAGCAAUAAUUGCCAUGGAAAGGGCGAACAUAACUCCUGAAAAACGACCAAUCAUAGUCCACGCUCAGCUUUUGAAUCUGGAUUUAAUAAAAAGGAUGGCGAAAUUGGGAGUAAUUGCCAGCUUACAACCGACUAAUGUACCAGCGGAUGCGAGAUACUCACGAGAAAAGAUUUCCCCUCCCCUUCAAAAAUGUAUGUACCCCUGCCGUAGUCUGAUCGAUAACGGCGUCACAUGCGCAGGUAGUAGCGAUAGCCCUUGUCUGUUUCCUAACACUUUAUUAGGAAUGUAUGAUGCAAUAUUUCAACCUGAUUGUGUCAAAGGUCAAGGGUCGUUCCAGUUGAAAGAACAGGUCCGAGGUCAAAGGUCAUUUCAGCAAGGUGAAGAGGUCACCUUUUCUCAAGCUGUUGAUAUGUACACAUCAGAUGCUGCUUAUGUGGAUUUUGCUGAAAAUUCCAUAGGGAGACUUGAACCCGGUUAUUAUGCAAAUUUUGUGCUCUUGGAAACCCCAGUGGUGAAUGGGGAGAUUGUUGAUUUGUCAAAAUACCCUGGAAGAUUGCUGGAUACGCAAGUGGUGCAAACUUGGGUGAGAGGGGUUCGAUUGUAUUAAUGGGGUGUAGUUUAAUGAGUGGUGUAGCAUAUGAUGUGGGUGUGGCAACCUUUUCGUGCACCCCAAAUAUUUUUGAAUGAUUGAAUAAGGUUUUGUGAACGGUUUAGCAGGGUUAAGGAGCAGAGCAAGCUGGUGUAUUGUCAAUAAAUAUUUUCUAAGAGGCUAGGGUUGGCUUAUAUUGUUCUGGUAGCUCUCGAUAUUUUAAGUUGUCACUCUCCUUAAAUUUUCAGUGAUUGUCUGUGACUUUGCUCAGAGAUGAGUCUUCUUUAAUGCUGAAUGAGCGCACGUAGCCUUUUUAUUGGCUGUCCGUAACUUUGCUCAGUGAUGAGUAUCCCAAUUUUCUAGUGAAUGUACAUAUCUCUUGACCACUUUUCUCCCAUUUGGGAAAAAUACAAAAAUCUUGACUGGUUAGCAGGUGAAACCGUACUCCCGUAGUAUGUGAACCAAGAUGGCAGACACCGGAACAUAGUAUGGGUACCAGGUUAGGGUUAGGCCAUAAUUUCAUCUUCAAAUACUACGGGAGUCACUUGGCCAGUCCCCGAACUUGGUUUACGUACUUCGGGAGUACCGAUGAAACAAUGUCUCAAUCCUAUUGUCAGCUUUCCUAUCCCCUGGGAUAAAAAUUCACACGGAUGGUUUUAUUCUCUUAUACGGUAUCAAGAUCAAAUGUGAAUUUUUUAAUUUGGUAAUUAUUUUUAACACUUAUGCAAUUGAGUCAUGCAAAUGUUUUUUGGUACGAUUUUAUAAAUCUGUAUUUUAAAUAAUGUCUUAGACAAUCUCCCUAUGUAAUUCUAUUCUGUAUUUUUGGACACGUUUAGUGGCCAUAACGAUCGUUUCAAAAUUUUGUUGUUAUUGUUAUUUGUCUUCGUCUCCAUUUUUAAAAAAAUCGCUUUUCUCUUUGAAUACUGGACCAAUUGCUUUGAU